ACGGCUUCAUGACUACAUCACAUAAAAAUAUGGUGAUGAUGUGAACUAAUCUAACGUUAAAAAUUCGUGUUUUGUCAAUUAUUUUUGGAAUACUAUUAUUUAACUUCAUCUGCAUUCAAUAAAAAUGGAGAUUAUUCUUAAUAAACUACUUUCAAUAGAUAAUUCUGUAAUUCAGCAAGGAACAGCAGAAUUGAAAGAGGCUUUCCGAAAACCUGAAAGUACCGUAGCUCUAGGACAACUUAUUGUUUCAUCCCCAAAUACACCUAUCAGACAAUAUGCUGCUGUACUUCUUCGAAAAAAAUAUAGUAGAGGAGACCAUUGGUCAAAAUUGCCACCAAAUAUUAAAAUGGAACUGAAAUCAAUUUUACUUCAAGGACUAGUUAACGAUCCAGAACAGAUAGUUAAAAAUGCAAUAGCUCAAUUGAUUGGUAUUAUCGUAAAAUAUGAACUACCGAACAAUUCCUGGCCAGAGAUAUUUCAAAUAAUUCAACAGCUUGCUUCAAGCUCAAAUAUGGUAGAAAAAGAAUUAGCAAUGUUUACUUUAUCACGAAUGACUGAUGUGGCACCAAGUGUUUAUCUAGCUCAUGCACAAGCCUUAAUUACUCUUCUGGAUGAAACAUACAGAAGUCUCCAAAGUCUAGGAAAUCCUACAGCUUUUUAUAUCGUUAAAACAAUGCAGAAUCUUUCAUGCUUGGUAGAAGGAAAUCAAAUGAUGGUCAAUGCUUACAAUCACUUAAUACCAUUAGCAAUAAAUAUAAUUCAAGCUCUAGUACCAGUAGAUGAAAGUAAAACUACAGAAGCAAUGGAGUUAUUUGAUGAAUUAUGUGAUCAUGCUCCAAGCACUGUUUCUAUUCACGCAAAGAACAUUGUUUCUAUGUGUUUACCAAUUGCAAGGAAUAAAUUUUUAAGCGAUGAAUUAAAAAUGAAAGCUAUAGAAUUAAUCAAUUCUACAAUAAAAGUAAAGCCUCGAACUAUUGUAGCGAAUAAACUUGUUGAGCCGAUUAUUGAUGCGUUGUUUGAGAUCAUGUCUGGUCCACCAGAUAACGAAGCUGAUGAGAUUUAUAUUAGUGGAGAUGAUGUAGAUAAUACUACAAUUGCUUGUGCAGUGGUGACCUUAGUAGAAAUGGCCACACGGCUGAAACCAGAGAAAUUGGUACCACUUUUGAUACGUCAUAUAGAACCGAGUCUUCAAGGUUCAGACCCUUGUGCUAAAAAGGCAGCAUUUUUAACUGCAGCUGCGUUAUCAGAAGGAUGUUCGGAUUAUGUCAGAACCAAAUAUCUAGAUAUAUUUCUUAAAUGUACCUGUGAAGGAAUUAGGCACGAAUCGCCGAUAGUGCGUAAUGCGGCUCUUUUUGCUUUAGGUCGAUUUUCAGAAUAUCUUCAGCCUGAAAUGAGUCAAUAUGCUAAGGAACUUUUACCUGUGCUUUUUGAAUAUCUUUCUCAAGUGUGUAUACAUUUAAAGAAAGAAAAAAGCGAACCACCUUCAAUUGAAAGAAUGUUCUAUGCUUUAGAAACAUUUUGUGAGAAUUUAAAUGAUGGCAUUUUACCGUAUCUUCCAACACUUAUGGAGAGAUUAUUUGAAAUUUUGAAUACCGAAGCACCAACUUCCGUUAAAGAAUUAACAAUCAGUGCUAUUGGAGCAACAGCUAAUGCAAGCCAAGAACAUAUAUAUCCUUACUUUGAAAGAAUCAUUGCAGUACUUGAUUCAUAUUUCAUGACAGAAAUGAAUGAUGAAAAUAUGAGUAUUCUACUUCAAUCAGUUGAUACACUUGGAGUGCUUGCUAGAACCGUUGGGGGCAAAAAUUUUGCUCCUUUGGUUGGUAAGUCUCUAGACUUAGGGCUUAAGCUCGUUCGUGAAAAUGAUGAUCCAGAUGUUCGUAAGGCUGUUUAUGGAUUAUUUGCUUCAAUUGCGACGAUAACAAAAAAGGAAAUGGCUCCAGUUCUACCAAAAGUUUUAGAAGUUAUUUUUCAGGGUAUUCAAAAUUCCGAAGGGAUUAUAACUCAUUUAAAAGAAGAUGAAGAUUCAACAUUUCUGUUUUAUGAAGAUUUAAGUGAUGAAUUAGAUGAAGAGGACAUAGAACAUACAGAUAAUGAAGAUGAUGAAGACGAUAAUGUAGCGUGCUACACAGUAUCUAAUUCAUUCAUUGAGGAAAAAGAAGAAGCAAUAUUAGCAUUACGUGAAAUCGCUCUCCAUACUGAAGAGUCUUUUCUUCCAUACUUGGAAAAGGCUUUUGAAGAAACAUUUAAAUUAUUGAAUUAUCCCCACGAAAAUAUUAAGAGAGUCUCUGUUGAUGCUUUAACUCAGUUUUGUGUCAAUUUUUCUAAAAUAAAUACAAAUGAAGGACAACAAGCAUCACUUAAAGCACUCGCCAUUUUCGUGCCAAAAUUAUCGGAAAUUAUAAGGCUUGAAAAUGAACCAACACUUGCUAUUGCCGGGCUAGAAGCACUUGCGGAAUUGCUAAAAGAUGUUAAAGAAAGUGUUCUAGUCGGUCAAGGACAUAAAGAAGCAAUAAUAAAUUGUGUUACAGAUAUUUUGAGUGGUAAAGCUGAAUGUCAAGAUGUAGGUGAAACAGACGAUGAUGAUGAGGCAGAACAGGAUGAACUUUUAGUUGAGUGCGCUGGAGAAGUUUUCACAAAUUUUGGUAAAAUUUUAACUCCUGAAGAGUUUGCAAUUUACUUUCAAACAAUUUUGCCAUAUUUAAAAGAAAGAUUGAAAGAUAAUAAGUCAGAAUCUCAACAAUCAUUUGCCAUUGGAACACUUGCAGAAUGCUUAUCAGGUUUAAAACAUAUGACUUCUACAUUUGUUCCUUUGCUUUUUAAUCUCUUCAAAAAAAUGAUUAGAGAUUCUUGUCCUGAAGUUAGGAAUAAUGCUUAUUAUGGUCUUGGAGAAUUAGCAUUUUGGGGAAAAGAUUCUAUGUAUCCAUAUUACAGUGAAAUACUGCAACUACUUGCUGGUGCUUUGCACACUGAAGAGCAUGCCGGGCCUAGAGAUAAUAUGGUUGGAGUUAUUGCAAGACUUAUUAUUACUAAUUACUCAUUAGCUGAUGUAGAUCGCGUGUUUCCAGUUUUUGUACAACAAUUGCCACUCAAACAAGACUAUGAAGAAUACAAGUCUGUUUUCAAAAGUAUUUUAACUCUUUAUAAGCUUGGACAUGAAGUUAUAAAACCUCAUAUUUAUAAUUUAUUAAAAAUAUCGAUUAAUAUUCUUUAUGAAAAACAUGUUCCCGAUGAAGAAACGAAAAAUUUAAUUACGGAAUUUAUUAAUUCCGCUCAACAAGACUUUCCCAACGAAUGGCAUACUGUUUUUUCGGAAUUAACACCAGAACUCCAGCACAUUCUAUCUUGUUAAAGAUAAUUGCGGAUAUUGUUUGAUGCACAUCUAAUGAAAUGCAUUUCAAUUUUCAAAUAUUUAUAAAAUAAAUUAAAACAUAUUUUUUUAAUCAAGAAAAUUCAGAUUAAAAAUCACCAUCUUCUUAAACACUAGAUCAAUGGUGUCGUGAUAUUGAAAUUCAGUUAUUGCUGUAAGUAAUUGAAAUAUUUCAUGAAGAAAAAUUGUUUCAUCCAUAUAUAAAAAUUUACACAGUGAUUUUCUACAAUUUUGUGCCUUUUUGAAUAUUAUUUUUACAUUUGCAUAUUUACACUAAUCAAAUAGUAUGAUAAACAUUUUUAAUAAAAAUACUAUAUUGCAUUAGAAUAACUGAAUGUUAGAACAAUAUAAAGUUUAAUGUGAAUAUUAUUUUCUACAUUAGUCAAGAUUCAGUACAGAGAUGUCAUCGCUUGAAUUAGUAAUAGUGCUAUGAUUGCAAAAUAAAUGAAAAUUUGUUUUUUAAA